CGCUAGUUUUUCUAUAAACUUCCGUCUUGUUGUUUCCAUCAUCUUUCUUACUCUCUCUCAUUGACUGCUUCGAAAAAAUAUCUCCAACUAUAUUCUUGCUAUCGUGUUUCUGGGUUCCGGAGAAUUCGGAAAUAAUCUCCGGCGACGUUUAAUCCCCCGAUUUGACUCUUCUUCCGCUUCCAGAUUCUCUUCUUCAUUGCAACUUUUGGGGAGGCAAUGGCGCUCGAUAAUUCUGUUGCUCUGUCACCUCGCCGACGGCAUGGUUUGCUGCGGGAUCAGGUUCAGCUUAUCAAAAGAAAGGACUCUGGCAGAUAUGAGAUUGUUCCAAUUGAGGAUCCAUUGUCUUUUGAAAAAGGCUUCUACGCUGUUAUUCGUGCUUGCCAGUUAUUGGCUCAGAAGAACGAUGGACUCAUUUUGGUUGGGUUAGCUGGUCCUUCUGGAGCUGGCAAAACCAUUUUCACUGAGAAAAUUCUCAACUUCAUGCCUAGUAUUGCUAUCAUAAACAUGGACAACUAUAAUGAUGGUUCUCGUGUGAUCGAUGGAAACUUUGAUGACCCACGGUUGACUGACUAUGAUACACUUCUUGACAAUAUACAUGGCCUAAGGGAUGGCAAACCUGUUCAAGUUCCAAUAUAUGACUUCAAGUCAAGUUCCCGAAUUGGUUACAGAACACUUGAGGUCCCUAGCUCUCGCAUUGUUAUUCUUGAAGGCAUAUACGCUUUGAGUGAGAAACUACGGCCUUUGCUAGAUCUUCGUGUCUCUGUCACUGGUGGAGUGCAUUUUGAUCUUGUCAAGCGUGUUUUGCGGGACAUUCAACGCGCUGGCCAGGAACCUGAAGAAAUCAUUCACCAGAUAUCUGAGACGGUUUAUCCUAUGUACAAGGCGUUUAUUGAACCUGAUCUGAAGACGGCUCAGAUUAAGAUCCUUAACAAGUUUAACCCCUUCAGUGGCUUUCAGAACCCAACAUAUAUUUUAAAGUCAACGAACGAUGUAACACCUGAACAAAUGAAGGCAGCUCUGUCUGAAGAUUGUAAGGAACGUACUGAGGAAACUUAUGACAUAUAUCUGCUACCACCAGGCGAGGAUCCUGAAGCAUGCCAAUCAUACCUUAGAAUGAGGAACCGGGAUGGAAAAUACAAUCUCAUGUUUGAGGAGUGGGUUACAGAUCAUCCAUUUAUCAUAUCACCCAGAAUAACCUUUGAAGUCAGCGUUCGUCUUCUCGGAGGAUUAAUGGCACUGGGCUAUACCAUUGCAACGAUCUUGAAAAGAAAAAGUCAUAUCUUUGAUGAUGACAAGGUAAUUGUGAAAACUGAUUGGUUGGAGCAACUAAAUCGGACAUAUGUUCAGGUACAAGGUAAAGACCGUUCCUUCGUCAAAAAUGUGGGAGACCAACUUGGAUUGGAAGGUUCAUAUGUUCCACAUACAUAUAUCGAACAGAUACAGCUGGAGAGUCUUGUAAAUGAUGUUUUGGCUUUACCAGAUGACUUGAAGACAAAACUUAGCUUAGAUGAUGAUACAGUUUCUAGCCCUAAAGAAGCCCUCUCAAGAGCUUCUGUUGAUAGUAGAAUGAAAUAUCUUCACGGGGAAUCAUCUGACUUGUGUAGUGAUGCACGUCUUAACAGCGGUGUAUCAAAGUCUUACACAAAUCAAAGACACAAAGUCUUGCCUAACUUGACAAGACUUGCUGUUAACAACAGAAUGUUAGAUGCCAGAGCCCCUGCUUCACCGGCCACUCUUCCAAAUCAGGGUUUUAUCACUCAGCUCUCGGACCAGAUAUCAACACUGAACGAGAGGAUGGAUGAAUUCACAUCCCGCAUUGAAGAGUUGAAUUCCAAGAUCCCGAACAAGAUAGCGGCUUCAGGUAGUCAACAUAACUUGGCUUUACCGAUCGAAAACGGUAAUGGGUCUGCCUUAGCGCUUUCCUCAUCAGCAUCUCAGCUCGUAAGGGAAUCUCCUCUGACGGAAGAGGUCGUACUUGUUGCUCGUGGACAGCGUCAGAUAAUGCAUCAAAUGGACACCCUGAGCAAUCUUCUUCGGGAGUAUGUUGGAGAAAGGACUCGCAUAGAGAGACUCGACAGCAACAGAACAAACAGCACAACACAAAACCUCGGAUCUUCUACUGUAACUAUUCUUCUUGGUUUGGCCAUUGGCUGCGUUGGCAUUUUUGCCUACAGUCGUCUAAAAUAGUUGCUGUAACAGUUGGUUACUUCACUGUGAAAACCCAGGCUUUUUGAAAUAGUUGCAAUGAUGUAAAUAACAUGGUUUGGGAUACACACUGGACAAAUUCAGUCUUGACAAUGUAAGCAUAAAAGACUGAUACGGCUUACAUUACCGUUUAGAAAGACUCAACACUUUUUCUCGUGGAA